GGCGGCGCUGGUAGCGGCCGAGGCCGCAGAGUCUUGCAGCCGAAACGGCCCGGGCAGAGGUGGGUGCUAGGACGCUGCGGCCUCCGGACCUCGCAUCUCGGGGUCGAGCCCCUCGGGGCCGCUUGGCCAAUCAGAUCCCAGCUGAGAUCCUGAACAAUCCCCAGCUGCAGGCGGCCAUCCAAGUCCUGCCUUCCAACUAUAACUUUGAGAUUCCCAAGACCAUCUGGAGAAUCCAACAGGCCCAGGCCAAGAAGGUGGCGUUACAAAUGCCUGAAGGCCUCCUCCUCUUCGCCUGUACCAUUGUGGAUAUCUUGGAAAGGUUCACAGAGGCCGAAGUGAUGGUGAUGGGUGACGUGACCUACGGGGCUUGCUGUGUGGACGACCUCACUGCGAGAGCCCUGGGGGCUGACUUCCUGGUGCACUAUGGCCACAGCUGCCUGGUUCCCAUGGACACCUCGGCCCAAGACUUCCGGGUGCUGUAUGUCUUUGUGGACAUCCGGAUAGACACUGCCCACCUCCUGGACUCUAUCCGCCUCACCUUUCCCCCAGCCAGCGCCCUCGCGCUGGUCAGCACCAUUCAGUUCGUGUCAACCUUGCAGGCAGCUGCCCAAGAGCUGAAAGCUGAGUAUCGUGUGAGUGUCCCACAGUGCAAGCCCCUGUCCCCUGGGGAGAUUCUGGGCUGCACGUCCCCCUGCCUACCCAAGGAGGUGGAGGCUGUGGUGUAUCUUGGAGAUGGCCGCUUCCACCUGGAGUCUGUCAUGAUCGCCAACCCCAACAUCUCCGCUUACCGAUAUGACCCUUACAGCAAGGUCCUGUCCAGAGAGCACUAUGACCACCAGCGCAUGCAGGCCAACCGCCAGGAAGCCAUAGCCACUGCCCGCUCAGCUAAAUCCUGGGGUCUCAUCCUGGGCACUUUGGGCCGCCAAGGCAGUCCCAAGAUCCUGGAGCACCUGGAAUCUCGGCUCCAAGCCUUGGGACUUCCCUUCGUGAGGCUGCUGCUCUCUGAGAUCUUCCCCAGCAAGCUCAGCCUCCUUCCCGAGGUGGAUGUGUGGGUGCAGGUGGCAUGUCCACGCCUGUCCAUCGACUGGGGUACAGCCUUCCCCAAGCCGCUGCUCACGCCCUAUGAGGCGGCGGUGGCCUUGAGGGACAUUUCCUGGCAGCAGCCCUACCCUAUGGACUUCUACGCCAGCAGCUCCUUGGGGCCGUGGACGGUGAACCACGGGCGGGAUCGGCUGCUCCAGGUCCCAGGCCGGCCGGGCCUAGGGAAGGUUCAGGGGGGGCCCGCGUGCCCCUCUCCAGCCGCGGCUUGCGAGGCUUGCAGCUGCAGAGGCGAGGCGGUGUCGGCGAUCGCUCCUUGAGACGCUCCUGGUUCCCAGGACCCUGCCCUCCGGAGGAGCAGCCUCGAGGCUGGUGGUUUUCCGAACAGGAGGCAGACGUUUUCUUGGCCCUGGAAGAACCCACGGCGUGCAGAGGUCUGGAGGAAGCUCUGGGAACGGUGGCACAGGCAC